GGAGCCGCCAUUGUUCCGCCGAGGGAGGACAGCGGGCCUGUCACUGGUGCGGAGACGCCGCUUAGCGGCCGCCACUGGAGACACUCCCUCCCGCCGUCCCCCUCCUCUUGGUGGCCGCCGAGUGAGGCUGACUAGGGGGAACUGGGGAGCCCCCCUCUCCUCCUGGCGGCGGCAGCGGCCGAUCCCCGGCUGCGGCGCGAGGGGCGACCGCGAUGCGCUCGGCCUGAGGCGUCCCGGCCCGCUUCUCCCUCGCUUCCCGUCUCCCUUCCACGGUGUCUCUGAACCCCAGCGUCAUCUUGCGAGUCCCUGUGAGGGGAAGAUGGCUGCACGGAGCUGGCUGGACGAGCUGGCCCAGCAGGCCGAGGAGGGCUCGGCCCGCUUGCGGGAAAUGCUCUCGGUCGGCCUAGGCUUCCUGCGCACUGAGCUGGGCCUCGACCUGGGGCUGGAGCCGAAGCGGUACCCGGGCUGGGUCAUCUUGGUGGGCACGGGCGCUCUUGGGCUGCUGCUGCUCGUCCUGCUGGCUUACGGCUGGGCCGCGGCGUGCGCCGGCGCCCGCAAGAAGCGGAGGAGCCCGCCUCGCAAGCGGGAGGAGGCAGUGGCCGCGCCCGCCCCGGCCCCUGACGACCUGGCUCUCCUGAAGAAUCUCAGGAGCGAGGAGCAGAAGAAGAAGAAUCGGAAGAAACUGCCCGAGAAGCCCAAACCAAAUGGACGGACUAUUGAAGUAGCUGAGGAGGACGUUGUCCGGACUCCUCGAAGUGUAACAGCAAAGCAGCCAGUGGAGACAGACAAGAAAAAUGAAAAGUCAAAGAAAAAUAAGAAGAAAUCAAAGUCAGAUGCUAAAGCAGUGCAGAACAGUUCACGCCAUGAUGGAAAGGAAGUUGAUGAAGGAGCCUGGGAAACUAAAAUUAGUCACAGAGAGAAACGACAGCAGCGUAAACGUGAUAAGGUGCAGACUGAUUCUGGUUCAUUGGAUUCAACUAUCCCUGGGAUAGAAAAUACCAUCACAGUUACCACCGAGCAACUUACAACUGCAUCAUUUCCUGUUGGUUCCAAGAAGAACAAAGGUGAUUCUCAUCUAAAUGUUCAAGUUAGCAACUUUAAGUCUGGAAAAGGAGAUUCUACACUUCAGGUUUCUUCAGGAUUGAAUGAAAACCUCACUGUAAAUGGAGGAGGCUGGAAUGAAAAGUCUAUAAAACUCUCCUCACAGAUCAGUGCAGGUGAGGAGAAGUGGAACUCUGUCUCACCUACUUCUGUAGGAAAGAGGAAAACUGAGCCAUCUGCUUGGGUUCAAGACACUGGAGAUGCUAAUGCAAAUGGAAAAGACUGGGGAAGGAGUUGGAGUGACCGUUCAAUAUUUUCCGGGAUUGCUGCUUGGUCUAGUGUGGAUAGGGGAAUGAAUACCUCUGAACAGAAUUCUGCUUCUUUUGCAUCUCUCACACUUAACUCUGCUGUUUCUGGGUCUACUGCUGAGCCAGUUUCUCAGUCUACCACUUCUGAUUAUCAGUGGGAUGUUAGCCGUAAUCAACCCUAUAUCGAUGAUGAAUGGUCUGGGUUAAAUGGUCUGUCUUCUGCUGAUCCCAGCUCUGAUUGGAAUGCACCAGAAGAAGAGUGGGGUAAUUGGGUAGAUGAAGAAAGAGCUUCACUUCUAAAGUCCCAGGAAUCAGUUCCUAAUGAUCAAAAAGUUUCAGAUGAUGAUAAAGAAAAGGCAGAGGGAGCUCUUCCAACUGGGAAAUCUAAAAAGAAGAAAAAGAAAAAGAAGAAGCAAGGUGAAGAUAGUUCUCCUGCACAGGACACAGAAGAAUUAGAAAAAGAGAUUAAGGAAGAGCUUCCAGUGAAUACCUCUAAAGUCCGUCCAAAACAGGAAAAAGCUUUUUCUUUGAAGACCAUAAGCACUAGUGAUCCAGCUGAAGCACUUGUCAAAAAUAGCCAGCCCAUCAAGACUCUUCCACCUGCUGUUUCUACCGAGCCAUCUGUUGUUUUAUCAAAAAGUGAUUCUGACAAGAGCUCUUCCCAAGUGCCACCGAUAUUACAAGAAACAGAUAAAUCCAAGUCAAAUACUAAGCAAAAUAGUGUGCCUCCUUCACAGACCAAGCCUGAUACUAGCUGGGAAUCUCCCAAACAGAUAAAAAAGAAGAAAAAAGCCAGACGGGAAACGUGAAAUUUUUCCCCCCCUGAAUUGGACAUGUGUUUGCAAACACUGUCUUGAAGAUUAUGCAGUUUAUGCAAUAAUUUGUGAACAUGUACAGAGUUUUAUAUAAAUUUAAACCAAUUUUUAAAACAAAACUGUGAACACAACCACCGUAAAAACGGAAUCAAAGGAAAGUUAAUUUAUGAAAUUAAGAGGUCAUCAGAAUAUACUACAGUGCUGGAAGACACAUGGGAAAGUCUUUUCCAUUUAGCAAGAAUGAUCUUAAUUUAAGAAUAUUCUGGUUUUACAACAGUACCCUGUUUACAACAGAUUGUGCCCUAUCUCAUCUGCAGCUGUGGAAUAAAGGAAUAUGAUUCUCUAGAGAGUUACCUACAGAUUAGUAGGCAGCUUCUUGGAUCUUGUGCACUGAACUUAUACCAUUUGAAUCUGUUUUAUGCUUAAAUCAAAGUGCUUUGAUCAAAUGCAUAAUCUGCCAUAUCUUUUACACAUUUGUUGGUAGCAAUUUGUAUUAAAGGAAUCACAAGUGCAAAUAAGAAGUCAUUUUCAUUUGUUGAGCUAAACUGUCCUGAUUUAGUUUACAAUUUUUAAAGCGUUCUUAAUCAAAACAUUGAAAAUGCAGUUGACACUAGUAUGGCUUAUGAAAUUAUUUUUGAUAGUCUUACAUUACUUGAAUUGUUCAAAGUGCAGUAUAUUUUAAAUUAAGAGAAAGGUAAACUAUGAUUUGUUUUUAUACUUUUAAGGUUCAGACUCACAAAUAAUGCUCUUGUUUAUGAUUUGAAAACUCAGACAAAAUCCAACUUACAUUUUUCUUUUCUGUAGCAAUUACUUUUUUCCAGUGUCAACUAUUCUUCGUUACUAAUACUUUUUGACUUUAAAAAUGAAAUUUUCACAAACUAGUUAUACAGACAGAAUUUUGAGUAUAUGAUGGAGAGUGAAAAACUAGAGUCAGACAGCUUUAAUUGACAUUGUCAAGACCUCCAGUUAUCAGGAAUACAUUUUUUUACUGCCUUAACCUGUAGUGCGUAGAAUAUGCAUCAAUUUCUUGAAGGGGAUUCGUGUUUUUAUAAGAAUUUUCAUGUAAUUAUUGCAAUUGUGGUCAAAUAAGGAACGUUUCUGCUUGAAACUGUAUUGAUUUAAAUGAUGUGUGAGAUGUUCCACCAUUUUCAGGCACUGUGUAAUUCUAUUGUAAUAAACUGGCAGGUAUCUUUGUAACUAUAAAUAGUGCAUGCUCAGCCAUGUACACUGUAAAUAGCCUUUACCAAACGUGUUUGACAUGGACCAUAAUUAACAUCACUUAGUGAAUUGUGAAAAAAAAGCCAUGAUUUAUUUGAUGUGAUUGGCUUACUUGUUUUUAUGUGGCGCCAAGAAUGAAACUGUUUAACAGCUGUAACCAAUGGUACUGAUCUAUCCAUCCAAUGUCAUCUUUAUUAUCUUUGUGGUUUGAUAGUAUUGCAUUGUGAGACUAGGAAAGCUAAAGGAACAAAAUAGUUUUGGUUUUGCUGAAAACUGGCCUUAUUAAUGGACAGCUUUCCUAAUAGGUGAUUAUUAUCAGGUGUUAACAUCUGUUUCAGGAACAUGGCAGUAUGUUUACAUGUCAGAAGUUUCGUUUAAUUCUAUGAUAUUUCUAAAUUGAUUUGUUUAAAUAAAUUCAGCAAA